CUUGCACGCACAUACCAUAGUAUUCCCAUCACGCUUGCACACAGUUAUGCUGGAUGAUACUUGCCAAUAUUGAUGUUUGCUCUUGCACAUCACUAAGAUAAAAAUUGUAUAGCUUAAAGUUUGUUUAUUAAAAUACUCGAAAAUAAAUCGCCAUGGCUGAGGCAAUGUUGCAGCGAAAUACACAAGGAAAAUGUAACUACAACAAUAUGAGCGAUGAAGAGCUGCAGGAGUGGCACACAGCCUUUCAGAGCGAGGCGCAGCGUGAGAAUUACAUAAAUCACAAUCUGGAGGUGGUACGUCAUUAUCGUACCGAGGCCAUAUUUCGUGCGCCCACUUUUGAUAUUGAGCGCAAUGCCAUUAAUGCAGCCAUUGCACGGCAUGGUCUCUAUGCGUCCAGCAACGAAGCUGUUCCUCCAAAGGCUGGAGAGCGCAAGGAUCCAGAACAGGACCAAGAGCAAGAGCAGGCGCCGCCGGUGCGACGUCCACGCUUAGAGCUAGUUGAGCACAACGAUAAUGUGGCAACAACCAGUGGACAGUAUAAGGCGGUAGCACACCUUCUGGCCAAUGGCCAUGGCAGUGGCAGUGUCAACAACGGAAGUGCAGAGCAAUCUACACAGGUGCAGGAUAUGGCCAUUAGCAAGUCCAUCGAUAGCCUCGGUCUACAUCGCACCCAGUAGUUAUAGACAUAUAGAGUUAUUUAUUCAAUUAAAUGUUUAAGCGAAUACAGUGUGUGUACGUACAUUAUUCAUAUACUAUAUGUAUGUUUGUGUAAAUAAUAUAAGUUGACUUAUAUAGUGUAUAUAGCGCAUUUAAAACAUAGUUCUUUAGAGUUUAAACCCAACUAUACUUCUUAGUAGUUUGUGUGUCUGUAACGUAACCUAAACGCAAAUACAUAUAUAAAUAUAAAAAAAAAAUCAUCGUCAUAUAA